AUGUCCAAAUCUGACCAGAAGCAAAGUUCACCUAAGCCACUUUCACCAAGAACUGCUGCUGUACGUGCCGGUUUGAGUAGGAAUUAUAGUUCUUCAAGCACUGAAUCUAAGAGUUACGAAUCUGAAGGCUGUGACUGGCCCUCUAGGAAACAAAGUGGAAGUUCAAGACCAAUCUUUUGCGGAGCACAUGCUGGAACAAGCAAAUACCCUUCAAGCAAGGAAUCCUCAUAA